AUGAGGCAAUCGCAACGAGAAGUAUGGUUGGUACUCCUUUCAAUGCCAGUGGUUUGUUGUAUGGUUACACAGCAAGAUGUUAUGGCUGAGCUGUUGAAUCAACAUCAGCUUGAGUCAGAUUAUGGUUUCUUUGUCUUCGGAGAUUCCACCAUCGCAGACGAGACAAAGCAACGGAAAUGGAUGCCAUCAGACUUCAACAAUUUUUCGCUGGGGGAGGGAAGUGCUGGUCCUUCAGAAUCGGUGCUAAAACAAGCAUCAUCCGUAUUCAUCAGUAAAGAGCCAAUAAUUUCGGAAGAAGAGUGCCUAGCUCUCAUUGAGGAUGCCAAGGUGGCAAUUGCCAGUGGACGAAGGUCAACGGAAGAAGGAAGUGAAUCAACUCGCGCGUCUCGAACGAAUAGUGAUCUGAAUGAAGCAAGGUUAUCUCAGUUACCCACCAGAAGGCCGUGGCUUCAAAAAUUGCUGCACGAAAAGGUUUUCCCAAUCCUCGAAUCCAAAUUCGGAGUUCCAGCUGAGAGUAUGACCCUUAACGACGGACUAGUGCUUGGAUAUAUCGCUCCAUCCAAAUCACAGCCAAUCCACAGAGAUGCCUCUUUGCUUACGCUUCAAAUUGCACUCUCUCCCCAAGAACUUUUCACAGAAGGGGGGACAUACAUUGAAGGACUUCAUGAAAGCCUUCAGGUGCCUAUGGGGCAUGCGAUGUGUCACUGUUCUGGAACCAUGCACGCUGGGAAAGGAAUCACGAGCGGUGAGCGCUGGGUUCUCGUUAUGUUUGUACUGGGUAGAGACGAGCCCCAGUAUGCACGGAGACUUCAUUCACACGGUGUUUCUGCAAUGGAUGACUCAAACUAUCCUCUGGCAGAGUCAUCCUUCCAGACUGGUAUCGAGAUUGCACCAACCGAUCAGUUAUUGCGAUUGAGCCUAGCGAAUUGUUACCUUGCUCAGAAUAAGAACUCUGCAGCUCGUAAACAGCUACGAUUGGCCCAAAGCUACAAACACUGUGUUCGGCCUUUCUUCCUGCAUGCUAAUCAACUGGUAGUCAAGUCCCGUCCGAGGGCAGCCCUUCGCCGUUUGGAUAUGGCACUGGAGCGGUUGGGUGACAGAGAUCUUAGUCCCAGUGCUUGGAAUCCGAUGCGUGCUCUCGGGUGGGAAAUUCGAGUGCUUGCUGCUCGGUGUGCAUGCUUGUGUGCUGAAAAAGAACUGGUGUCAUCACGGUCCGAAGGCAACGGCGAUAUGCCAUGGUCUCGACAGCAUUUACCAAAAGCAAUCGAAAGGCUGCAUAUUGCGCUGCAAUUUGCCCCUGGUCAUGAGCCACUGAUGCAGAUGGAAGCAAGAGCAAGACAGUUGAUGAGCAUGUCGCAGUAA